AUGCUAUGCGAAGGUGACACGCAUUUGAAAGAUGGCGAGGCGAGGGCAGUUCUUCGGACCGGAGGCUCGCUGCUGGCUGGCUCGGAUUGGACUAACCCUCGGUCCAAUGGAAAGACGACACGUGCGAAGGGGGCUGGUCUGAGGCGUGCGAGGGGUGUGCGAGGAGCGUGCGAGGAUCGACGCAAGUUAUACUUUCAUGUUGACGACAAGCACCUGUUUGUUACUUCUUGUUUGGAGUUCAUUCUGGAACUUGUUGCGAAGUAUAAGGGCAACAACAAAGAUGAUGUGAAGUGCUUCACUGAUGUGAUCACUUGGUAUAUUCAUGUUCGUAAGUUGCUGCUGAGUUUUAUUCCUAAAGUCUAUGAAGUGAAGAAGUGA